GACCAAUCACACCGUCGACUUCCUCAGAAGCUUCCUGGUCUUGUAACAUGCUACUUGUAAACACUGAGGGUGACAUAAUGAGGUAACUUCUCUGGCCGUGAACUUUGUGAGUUAUUUCGCACUGAGAUAUGACAAAAAUAAAGAUACAAGGAGCGACGGAUGCGGAUUGUUAAGUGAGCGUGUUGUGUUUGUUCUGCCACUACUGUGUACAAUCCCUCCAGUGAUGGCCGGGAAUUUCCAAAGAGCCCUAAAACUGAGAACAGUUCUCAGACACCUUAACCUCCACAGCACCCUCUCAUCUUCAGCAACAAUCAGACAUUUAUCUGCUGGCCUCAGCAGCCAGUUUCUGUCCACUCCCUCAUGGCACUCUGCAGUCUGCUGUCGAAAGCAGCACACUGGGGCGGAUGAGCUCAAGCCGUCCCCGGCUGCAGCCCCAGAGAGACUCCCUUUCUCCAGAAUCACUCCAGAAGAUCUGGCCUUCUUUAGAGAGAUCCUACCAAGGAGAACCAUCACUGACCCAGACCUGCUGGAGUCCAGUAAUGUGGAUUGGCUCAAGACUGUCAGAGGCUCCAGUGAAGUGUUGCUGCGACCCCAAACAACAGAAGAAGUUUCACAGAUUCUAAAGUAUUGUAAUAAUCGCAAUCUGGCGGUGAACCCUCAGGGAGGAAACACUGGGCUGGUUGGAGGAAGUGUGCCAGUUUAUGAUGAGAUCAUCCUCUCCACUGCUCUUAUGAACAACAUCCUAACCUUUGAUAGCAUCUCCGGCAUUCUGACGUGUCAGGCUGGCUGUGUCUUGGAAAACUUGUCUCUUUACCUUGAGGACAGAGACUUCAUCAUGCCACUUGACCUUGGAGCAAAAGGAAGUUGCCAUAUUGGGGGAAACGUGGCAACUAAUGCUGGUGGACUCCGGCUGCUGCGAUAUGGCUCAUUACAUGGGACUGUGCUGGGCCUUGAAGUGGUGUUGGCAGAUGGGCGUGUGCUGGACUGCUUGGCGACACUGCGGAAAGACAAUACAGGAUAUGACCUCAAACAGCUCUUCAUAGGUUCAGAGGGAACACUGGGGGUUAUCACAGCGGUGUCCAUCCUCUGUCCACGGAAACCUAAAUCUGUUAAUGUGGUGUUUCUGGGCUGUGAGACGUUUGAGCAGCUCUUGAAGACGUUUCAGCUCUGCAGAGGCAUGCUGGGAGAAAUUCUGUCAGCCUAUGAGUUCCUGGACAGUGAAUGCAUGAGGCUGCUGAACACACACCUCAAACUACCCAAUCCUAUUUCUGAUUGUCCUUUCUACGUUGUCAUAGAGACGUCUGGAUCUGACGCUACACAUGAUGGGGAGAAACUGCAUAAUUUCUUAGAUGAGGCGAUGACAUCAUCAUUGGUUAUUGAUGGGACUGUGGCAACUGAAGACUCCAAAAUAAAGGCUUUGUGGUCGAUGCGUGAACGUGUCACGGAGGCUCUGACUCAUGAUGGCUUCACUUACAAGUACGACAUCUCGCUUCCGCUGGAGCAGCUCUACAAGUUGGUGACAGACAUGAGGGAGCACCUGGGGGACCGGGCAAAGAGUGUGGUGGGAUAUGGCCACGUAGGAGACGGAAACCUCCAUUUGAACAUCACCUCUCCAGCCAGAGACCCGGCUCUCCUUGCUGCCAUCGAGCCGUUUGUCUACGAGUGGACGGCCGGCUGUCAAGGCAGCAUCAGUGCCGAGCACGGACUGGGCCUGAAAAAGAGAAACUACAUCUACUACAGCAAACCCAGCCAGGCUGUGGCUCUGAUGAGUGACAUCAAGACCAUGCUGGACCCCAAAGGCAUCCUCAACCCGUACAAGACUUUACCAGAUAACCUGAAAUGACCCAAACUCUCUCCGAGGUGGGAGACUGAGGGGUUGGAAGUGAUUUCUGCACAGCUACAUUUUUAACUCCGCUUUCAGUGCCAUGCAGGGUUUGUGGUGAUGUCUUUGUAACACGUUUGGUGCAGAGCUUUAGGUUAUGCACAAGAGAUGACGUUUUCUAGCAAGCUAUAAACUCAACUACCUCAGCUGCUCACUUAGAGCAGCCAUUGUUUUAUCCACUCCAUGUUCUAUGAAUCCCCUUCAAGUUUAGGGUGUUAAUUUAUAGACACUUGUGUAACAGAUAAAAACUACAGAUUAUACAUUUGAAGCAAAGCUGAGAAGAAGAGAGUGAAGGAGUAUGAUUGACAUCUAUCUCCACAGGGAGGCUAAAGAGUACAGUAUUGUCUGGAUAAGCAAGGCAAGACUUUGUUAUAUAAUGUAGACCUGCUCUGUAUGUAAAAUCUCAUGAGAUGACUGUAGUUGUGUUUUGACACUACAAAUAAAAAUCAACUGAUGGACUGAUUUUAAAAA